GAAUUACUCCCAGCCAGUGCGCACAAUUGGUUUGUCAUAGUCGCAGAAAAGAGCUCAGGUUUUAGGGACCCAAACAACUUGGACUCUUUUCUCACCUGCGGAGCGUUUUUAACCUCACAAUAUUUCCACUUCCUCCAUCCCUCGUGUGUCCAAUUCUUCUGGAUAUUUUUUUUUUCCCUUUUUGUUGUGUGAGUGGCGAGGUCGGUUUUUCUUUUUUUUUUUUUUUUUUUUUUUUUAGCUUCGGGACGUGAUGUAGCCCCCGCACAGAAGGACGCCUCGUGCCAUAAAGGGAUGUAAAAGAAGGGGGGUACCUACAACAGUGCCGUGGAUACACCGCGAGGAAGCUGCUGUUUACUGCGCGCAACAUCACCAGGACACUCGGGAUUGUGGACGCACGGCCGAUUAAACAAGAGUCCAUUUUUUAACGAGGAUAUUGAACUAUUUGGAUUCUCUCUCCUCCAUGCACUGUGCGCGAAGCGGUGUCCAACGCCUGCAAGAGACUUUACAGUGAAUUUAUCGCUUUUACUUUGAAUGGAAGGACGUGAGCGGUUAUCUCCACUGCACCAGUGAUUUCUAAAUCCGCGGAAACAGAAGAUGGUUUUAUUAUCUGGCAUGUGAAAUGCAGGACUUGUGAAAAGACUCAGACUCCUUCUUCAAUCAAGAUUCUGGACUGCAUCCAGGUUCUGAGCAGCAGGACUCGUGUCCUUGUGGUGAACGUGGCACAGUGGAGGGAGCCGUGCCAUAAAGGUGGAACCCCAAUUCCGGCAUUUGCCAGCUAAAGACUGACCUAAACCGGGACCUUCAGCAGCGGGCGGUAAGAGGAGGAGGAGGCCAUGUGGACCGCACGCCUGCUUGUCCUCGCCAGCCUCUUCGCACCGGCCGCUCUGGCCUUCAGUCGAGCACCCAUCCCCAUGGCGGUUGUGAGGAGGGAGCUGUCAUGCGAGAGCUACCCCAUCGAGCUGCGCUGCCCAGGCACCGACGUCAUCAUGAUUGAGAGCGCCAACUACGGUCGCACCGAUGACAAGAUCUGCGACGCGGACCCGGCGCAGAUGGAGAACACGCGGUGUUACCUGCCAGAUGCAUACAAGAUCAUGUCGCAAAGAUGUAAUAACCGGACCCAGUGUGCCGUCGUGGCCGGACCAGAUGUGUUUCCUGACCCCUGCCCGGGAACGUACAAAUAUCUGGAGGUCCAAUAUGAAUGUGUGCCCUACAAAGUGGAACAAAAAGUAUUCCUGUGCCCAGGGCUUCUGCGCAGGGUGUACCAGAGCGAGCACCUCUUUGAAUCUGACCACCAGUCAGGAGCCUGGUGCAAAGACCCUCUCCAAGCGUCUGAUAAGAUUUACUACAUGCCCUGGACACCCUAUCGUACCGACACGUUGACCGAAUACUCCUCCAAAGAAGACUUCAUCGCAGGAAGACCGACGACGACCUACAAGCUCCCACAUCGUGUCGACGGAACCGGUUUUGUGGUCUACGAUGGCGCGCUCUUCUUCAAUAAGGAGCGCACGCGCAACAUUGUCAAGUUUGACCUGCGGACUCGUAUCAAGAGCGGUGAAGCUAUCAUUGCCAACGCCAACUACCAUGACACUUCUCCAUACCGCUGGGGAGGGAAAUCAGACAUUGAUUUGGCCGUUGACGAAAAUGGCCUUUGGGUGAUUUAUGCUACCGAGCAGAACAACGGGCGGAUUGUGAUCAGCCAACUCAAUCCCUACACAUUACGAGUCGAGGGGACCUGGGACACCGCUUACGACAAGCGCUCGGCCUCCAAUGCCUUCAUGAUCUGUGGAAUCCUAUAUGUAGUAAAGUCAGUGUAUGAAGACGAUGAUAAUGAGGCGACAGGGAACAAGAUUGACUACAUCUACAACACAGAGCUGAGUAAAGAUGGUUUUCUCGACAUCCCGUUUCCAAACUCCUAUCAGUACAUUGCUGCUGUGGAUUAUAAUCCCAGGGACAACCUGUUGUACGUUUGGAACAAUUACCAUGUCGUGAAGUACUCGCUGGACUUUGGAGCAUUAGACAACAGGCUAGAAACAUCCUCCUCCAUAAUGGUCUACAUGGACACAACUACAAUGACAACAAGGACCACUACUCGGCCCACCACUGUUACCCUGACAACCACGACAGGCAGGACUACCACUACCAGGAUGCCAGCUUCUACAACUGCAAUGGCCCCACGGACGACCACCACGGUGGCGAACCCUGUCCAGACAGUGGUGGAGGGUUUGGCUCCAAAAGAUGAUGAUGAUGAUGAUGAUGAGGGUGGACCGCCUUCCUCCAAGCUUCCCAACAUCAGGGUGGAGUACUGCAACCCCUUGGUGAUGAUGGACAUCUCCUGGCCCAAGACCAAGCCGGGGACGGUAACCAAGAUGCCAUGUCCACCUGGAACCAUAGGCGUCGCUUCAUACAUGUGCGUCGGUCCAGAGGGAUACUGGGACCCCCAAGGACCUGACUUCAGCAACUGCACCUCCCCAUGGGUCAACCUCAUCAGCCAGAAGCUCAAAGCCGGAGAGACAGCCGCCGUCAUUGCCAGAGAGUUGGCGGAGCAAACUAAGCGUAACCUUCAGGCAGGGGACAUCACGUUCACGGUGAAAGCCAUGGUUCAGCUGGUGGAUCUCCUCGACGUGCAGCUGAGGAACCUCACGCCGGGCGGCAAAGACAGCGCCGCGCGGAGCCUCAACAAGCUACAGAAAAGAGAGCGCUCUUGCCGGUUUUAUGUUCAGGCUAUGGUGGAGACGGUCAACAACCUGUUGCAGCCGCAUGCGCAGGCUGCGUGGAGGGAGCUGAGCACCGGCGAGCAGCUGAGGGCGGCCACCAUGCUGCUGGAUACGGUGGAGCAGGGCGCUUUCGUGCUGGCUGACAACCUGCUGAAGACAGACAUAGUGCAGGAAAACACCGACAACAUCCAGCUGGAGGUCGCGAGGAUGAGCACAGACGGGAAUUUGCCGGAUCUGAAGUUCCCACAAACUGGAGGACAGGGUAACUCCAUCCACCUGUCAGCGAACACGCUCAAGCAGCAUGGAAGAAACGGUGAGAUCAGGAUAGCAUUCGUCCUGUACAAACACAUUGGGGUUUACCUCUCCACUGAGAACGCCAGCAUUAAACUGGGCAGCGAAGCGAUGGCGACCAAUUACUCCGUCAUUGUCAACUCCCCAGUGAUCACAGCUGCCAUCAACAAGGACUCUAACAAAGUCUACCUCUCUGACCCUGUCAUUUUCACCAUCAGACACCUACAGCAAUCCGAGGAGAACUUCAACCCCAACUGUUCCUUUUGGAGUUACUCCAAGAGAACCAUGGCCGGUUUCUGGUCGACGCAGGACUGUCGCUUGCUAGGCACCAACAGGACUCACACCACAUGCUCCUGCACCCAUCUAACCAAUUUCGCCGUCCUAAUGGCCCAUGUGGAUGUCAAGAACACAGACCCCAUCCACGACAUGCUUCUGGAUGUCAUCACGUGGGUCGGCAUCCUGCUGUCGCUGGUCUGCCUGCUCAUCAGCCUCUUCACCUUCUGCUUCUUCCGCGGCCUCCAGAGUGAUCGCAACACCAUCCACAAGAACCUCUGCAUCUGUUUGUUCAUCGCGGAGUCCCUGUUCCUGGUGGGGAUCAACCGAGGCGACCAGCCGAUUGCCUGUGCCGUCUUCGCAGCCCUGCUCCACUUCUUCUUCCUGGCAGCGUUCACGUGGAUGUUCCUGGAGGGCGUGCAGCUCUACAUCAUGCUGGUGGAGGUGUUCGAGAGCGAGCACUCGCGCCGCCGCUACUUCUACAUGGUGGGCUACGGAGUUCCGGCGCUAAUUGUGGCCGUUUCCGCCGCAGUGGACUACAGGAGUUACGGCACCGACCGAGUUUGCUGGCUUCGCCUGGACACCUACUUCAUUUGGAGUUUCAUAGGACCAGCAACCUUGAUAAUUAUGCUCAACGUGAUCUUCCUGGGCAUCGCUCUCUACAAGAUGUUCCAUCACACGGCCAUCUUGAAACCAGACUCCGGUUGCCUGGACAACAUCAAAUCAUGGGUGAUUGGGGCCAUAGCCCUGCUGUGCCUGCUGGGCCUGACCUGGGCCUUUGGUCUCAUGUAUGUCAACGAGAGCACGGUGGUCAUGGCCUACCUGUUCACCAUCUUCAACUCCCUGCAGGGAAUGUUCAUCUUCAUCUUCCACUGUGUGCUGCAGAAGAAGGUCCGUAAAGAGUACGGAAAAUGCCUCCGUACUCACUGCUGCAGUGGCAAAAGUGUGGACAGCUCCAUCGGCUCGGGAAAAGGCACCGCCUCCCGUGCACCAGGACGAUACUCUACAGGCUCACAGAGCCGCAUCCGCCGAAUGUGGAAUGACACGGUCAGGAAACAGUCCGAGUCUUCUUUCAUGACCGGUGACAUCAACAGCUCCGCAUCACUCAACAGAGGGGCUAUGGCUAACCAUCUUAUUCCUAAUGCACUCCUACGUCCUCAUGGCACUAACAAUCCCUAUAAUACAUUGCUUGGGGAAUCGGCAGUCUAUAACAACCCUCUGGGCAUGUACAACACACAAGAGGGAAUCCUGAACAAUGCCCGGGAUACAAGUGUCAUGGAUACUCUACCACUGAAUGGUAACCAUGGCAACAGCUACAGCAUCGCCAGCGCCGAGUACAUGAGUGACUGCGUCCAGAUUAUCGACAGGGGCUACAACCACAAGGAGACCACCCUGGAGAAAAAGAUCCUGAAAGAGCUCACCUCCAAUUACAUCCCAUCCUACCUCAACAACUCCCACGACCGCUCAGCCGAGCACAACCGGAACCUGAUGAACAAGCUGGUCAACAACGUGAGCAACGGCGGCAAGGACAGCGGCUACGGGAUGGGCUUGGGGAUGGGGUUGGGCAUGAAUGUUGCGCUGAGUCUGGACGACCACUCGACCUUUGGGCCGCACCACGACGAGGGCCUCGGCCUGGAGUUAAUCCGCGAGGAGUCUAACGCCCCGCUGCUGCCUCAAAGACCGCCUCCAUCCCUGCAGGCGGUUGACAACCUUCACAAUCACCUCCACCAAUCGGUGCCGCCUCCCCUCCCGCUGCCACACCACCCCUUCUCGUCCGCAACCACCUCCUCGUCCUCUCGGCGGAGGAUCCCCCAGGAGAACAGCGAGAGUUUCUUCCCCUUACUCAACAACGAGCACACGGGGGACGAGAGCUCGUCCCCGAUCCACAACCACCAGAGAGACUCGCUCUACACCAGCAUGCCCAUGCUCUCUGGUCUGCCCGACGUGUCUGCGGAAUCUGCAGACGGCUCCAAGGAUGGAGGGGACGCCAAGAGCCCUGAGGCCAGCUUGGACGACGUAUACUACAAGAGCAUGCCCAAUUUGGGCUCGGGCAACCACCUCCAUCAGCUGCACUCCUACUACCAGCUAGGGCGGGGCAGCAGUGACGGGUUCAUUGUGCAGCCAAACAAAGAGGAUCUAUCUCCGGAAGAAGCCCACCAGGAGCCGUCACACCUGGUCACCAGCCUAUAGGCCCCAAAAAAACCCCACACUCCUCCAGUGUCCCUCUUGUUACUGUAGUCCUCUUACUCCUCCAUGUCUCUCUUUUCCAUCAGUCGUCGGCAGUGGUAGCCUUUCUUUUUAUUGCGUGUCCAGAAAAAACUGAGGGGAAGCGAUUAACUGUACAAUUGCGGACAGGAUGAUAAUUGCAACAUACAGGGGCUAAAAUGUGACUGUAUUCGGGUAGACAUUGCAGAAUCUGUUGAUGUUGUGCCCCCCCCCCCCCCCACCCCCACCCCCCAACCCCUCCUCUCGUCGCAAACCCCGUGCGGUUUGCUGUGUUUUGUCUCAGUGUGAAAAGAGACAUUACCCACACAGGAUUUCUAGGUCACAGCGAUAUAGCCUGACAGUCAAAAAAAGGAACUGCACAGCCCCAAAACUAUACAAGUCUAAAGUAUAGACUGCACCAGAGUAAAUGGGAGAUUUAAAAAAAAAAAAAAAGACUAUUUUAUUAUACUUCUCUGUCUAUAUUGACUUUUUGAAAGAUUUUCUUCCUCUUUGGUGAGUCGCAGCACAUUUUGUUUGCUGAAAGUGUCCCUUCAAUGAAAAAAAAAAAGACAAAAAAACUCAUUUUGAACAAUUACCAUGAAGGAAUUAUUGAUCGUAUGCUUUCAAGCAUAGCUGUUCUGUUUUCCUUUCCUUUUACUGUAAUAACAGUUGUUAAAGAGGGAGAAAAAAAACUAAUAAGAGAACUAUGAGAUAUUUCUAUGUAAUUGUACAGAUAACUAGCAUUGCACAUUAUAGUAUGCUUUUUUUUUUCUUUUUUUUUUUUUUGUUCCGAGCAAACCCUUCGUCUCUGUAAAUGUAGUGGUUAGGAGCAAUUCUGUUCUGUUGUGCUGGCCUCUCUAGGUUUCUGGUACCAAUCUCUCUUUUUUUGUUCCGUUUUUCUUUGGGUUUUUUUCACUUUUCAAAAAGUGACCACCUGAAUAGAAUGAAAAUAUCAAAAAAUAUAUAUAUAUCACAACAAAACACUUAACAUGCAGGCAUUUGUGUGUCAAAUUGAUCUUUGUUUCAUGUUUGUUUUCUGUUUGAUUUGUUUCCCUCUUUUUUGUUUUUGUUUUACAGUGUAGAUGGCUCUGAUUGACUGCUCAUCAGUGAGACAGAAUUGCCCAAUCCCAAUCUCCCACCCUAAAGACUAAACAACAAACCCUCACAGACUCGCAUGUCUUCAGGCGUGCAGUGCGGGAGUGUUUUAGAUGGUAUAAAAUUAGGAAUGCGACACACUAUAUUGCUCCAUAAUACAUAAUUGGAAAAACAGCCUGCCUCCAGUAUGUUUGUGUUUCUUCCAUUACAUU